UUAAAACGUUUAAGACGUUCCAAUUUUGGGGCUACGCUGAUAAUAUCCUCAAAAGAAGAAAUAUUCUUAGAAUUGAAAAAGCAAAAAAAAGUAAAGUAAAGAAGAAAAUAUUUAGUGAAUGGCAUUCAAAUAAAAGUGAGCCUAAAGCAAAGCAAGAGGAAAAAGUGUAUCUUUCCCCAAAAAAGCCUUUUGAAGUGAAAUUGCGAUUUUCUUGGGAAAUUGUUAAUUGAAAUCUGGGAAAAAGUGUUUGUGCGUGUGCCAAUAAAACAAGCAACAAUUGUUUUUUUCUGCUGAAAACAGGAUAACUCAGAGCAUUUCCUUUGAAAAAACAAAAAAUUGUGCAAACUAUUUAAAUAGUUGAGAAAAGUUUCGUUGAGAAGAAAUUCCAACAAAAUUAACAUCAUGAAAAUGGUACAGACCAACAAUCCAGAGACAGAUUUCAAGGAACGUCUCAUAUCGGCCGUUAAGAAAGAGGUCAAACAGUUAAUGGAAGAGGCAGUGACGAAAAAAUAUGUCCACGAAGAGAGUACAACAGUUACACAGCUAUGUGCCGCCGUGGAAGCCUGCCUCAGCCAGGGUUUGCGUCGCCGUGCUUUGGGCCUAUUCAAAACGUCAUCGACCACAGCCCUGUUACACAAAAUUGCCAAAUUUUGUCCAGAUGCCGAACAUAUCAGUAAAAUGGUGCAAGAUAUUGAGGCCCAAGAUCCUAGCAAACGUUCCUCGUCGAGCAGUGAAAGUUUUAAUCGCCCUCCCAUGUUGAAGAAGGGCAGCAGUAGUUCGGUGACCAGUGUUAUGAGUGCAAGCUGUUCGUCCAACACAUUGGCAUCAAUGAAAUACCUCUGGAUACGUUUGGCGCUGUACGAGAAGAGAUUGGUAAAAAUCAUUGAAUACCUCGUGGACAAUGCCAGCUCAUAUUAUGACAGAGAUUCACUGGUGGCUGAUUCCGAUUAUGGAUGCAUUCUAAGUUCCUUACUGGUGGGGCCGUGUGCUUUGGAAUUUACAAAAUCCAAAACAGCUGAUCAUUAUUGGACCGAUCCUCACGCCGAUGAAUUGGUACAGCGGCAUCGUAUUAGCUCCGGACGGCGAUCAUCAUCUGUAUCCUCCCGAGCACCGAUUAUAAAUUUCAAGCGAAGUUUAAACACCAGCACUGAUGAGGCAAAUACCGGGACGUUUAAGUCAAUUGCUUCGUGUACCGUGGCCAAGGACUAUGUGGAGUCAUUGCAUCAGAAUUCCAGAGCCACUCUGUUGUAUGGCAAAAAUAAUGUGCAAGUAUUGCCGAAGGACUGCAGCGAGCCUAUGCUGGGUUAUUUGAGUCUACAUCAGCAUAUCCAGACCUUGACCAUAAAAUGGACUCCCAACCAGUUGAUGAAUGGUUAUCAGGAGGCCGAGGAUGAGGAGGAGGACAAGGACUCAUAUUGGGCAUAUGCCUUGAACAUAAAUGUCGAUGACAUUGUCUAUGUCCAUUGUCAUCAGAAUAGGGGUGAGGAUAGUGGAGGAACUGUCAUCUUGGUGAGUCAAGAUGGAGUCCAGAGGCCACCAAUCAUAUUUCCCGAAGGAGGUCAUAUGCAACAGUUCUUAAGUUGCUUGGAAACUGGUCUUCUACCACAUGGACAGCUAGAUCCUCCUUUGUGGUCUCAACGUGGUAUUGGCAAAAUCUUUCCCUGGCCUAAGAGUGUACGAAGGCGUAUCCUACCCUCGGUUAUGGAAUCCUUUGAUGAAACGCCCAUUGAUUAUGUGUUUCGCAUUGUUAGCAAGAGUAAACAUGAGGAGUUCGCUGCUGCCCAUUCUAUUUUGGAUUUUGUGCGCAGUGCUCCACGUAGAGCUCAAUUGAGUAGCUGUUCCACAACGGGUAGCAGUGAUUGCUCCAGCAAAAGUCUUUCCAUUGAUCAGCAUCCACUGGAAUCUCCGCUUCUGCAAACUCAACAGAAUGCCAGUAUUGAAAUGGUCUGUUCCACCAUGAGGAGGCAAAUCAUAUCGCGGGCCUUUUAUGGCUGGUUGGCCUAUUGUAGGCAUCUAUCCACAGUGAGGACACAUUUAUCGGGGUUGGUAAAUGGCAGGAUUACCCCAGAGAUGAAAGCCGACGAGGAGGGUCUGACCGUGGAAAAAUGGAAUGUCCUGAAUGAAAAUGGUGUGGCCAAAAAUGCCAAUGAAGUCUUCCGUUUAGUGUAUUUUGGUGGUGUGACUCCCCAGUUGCGGAAAGAAGUGUGGCCCUAUCUCCUGGGCCACUAUAGCUUUGGUUCCACCCUCGAAGAACGCCUGAAGCAAGAUGAAACCUGUAAACAUUAUUAUGAGACAACAAUGAGUGAAUGGCUAGCCGUGGAUGCCAUUGUCCAGCAAAGGGAAAAAGAGAAAACCGCCAGGGCUGUGGCCAAACUCAGUUCCGGUAGCAAUAGUGGUCAGGACAAAACCGUGCGGGCAGUAGAAAUUGAAAUCGGCGAUUUGGAGAAUGAAGUCUUCGAAGAUAUGUCGGAUUUAUCAGAUCCCGGUGACUUGGAAUUCGAUGAUGAGCAGAAAACUCCAGCCCACACCUCGUCGAGUCAUUUAACAGUAAAACCCAUACCAAGAGCCAUGAAAACCAGCACCGAUUCGGGUCAUGUGGAUGAAAUUGCCGAAGAUUCAGUAUUUGACGAUCAAGUCGCCAGCGAUUUCCAAGCCCCUGCAGCCACCCCGAAAGAACGGCAAGAAUCUGCCUCGAACUCGUCUUCCUCAUAUGACACCGUUGGCAAUGGCUACCAAGGCCUGAAGUCAACUCCAUCUGCUCAAUUAUUAACAUCUGAAGAUAUGGAACCUAAAUCUGUUCUAAGUCCUGAGUACCUGAGUGCAGAUGAUUUUCAGGAACAUUUGCAUGAUGAUCAAGAGCAAGUGCUGGCGUCGGCGGGUAAGGGGGAAGAGCGUGAAUCCACAACAUCGGUAAUUGUUACAAAUGCCUCAGUGGAUGUUGUCAACUGGGAUCCAAGUCCACAGAAAACCACACGACCCAUGUCACCGUUGGAGGAACAAACCGUGCCCACUUCCCUUGAUGCCCUACAGGAGCCCAAGUCAACCUGUGUUUCCCCGGCCAGCUCAAAUGGUGGUGUUUAUAGUAGUGAACUCCUGGAACAGUUUGGAUUGAAUCUUCAUCGUAUUGAAAAGGAUGUGCAACGUUGUGAUCGAAAUUACCCCUACUUUGCCAAUGAAAAUUUGGAUAAGCUGAGGAAUGUUAUAUCGACCUAUGUUUGGGAACACUUGGACAUUGGCUAUAUGCAGGGUAUGUGUGAUUUGGUGGCUCCCCUCCUCGUCAUCUUCGAUGAUGAGUCACUGACCUAUAGCUGUUUCUGCAAACUAAUGGAACGUAUGAUUGAUAAUUUCCCCAAUGGCGGGGCAAUGGAUAUGCAUUUUGCCAACAUGAGAUCGCUGAUUCAGAUACUCGAUUCGGAAAUGUAUGAUCUCAUGGAUUCGAAUGGUGAUUAUACACAUUUCUAUUUUUGUUAUCGUUGGUUUUUGUUGGAUUUCAAACGUGAGCUGGUCUACGAUGAUGUCUUCUCGACGUGGGAGGUGAUAUGGGCGGCCAAACAUGUGGCCUCGGCACAUUUUGUAUUGUUUUUGGCCUUGGCUCUGUUGGAAACAUAUCGAGAUAUUAUUUUGUCGAAUAGCAUGGAUUUUACGGAUGUCAUUAAAUUCUUUAAUGAAAUGGCUGAGCGACACAAUGCAGCGGCAAUUUUACAAUUGGCUCGAAGUUUGGUUUUACAAUUGCAAAUGAUCAUAGAAAAUAAGUAAAAGUUUUUAUUUGACAGAUAUUUUCCCCUAAAGAUACAAUAUUAGAUUCUAUUCACCUGCCAUCCCCUGUCCCUGCCCAAAAUAUUUUAAUUCUUGGGUUAACUCCCCAAAUUUAAGAGAAAAAAAUCAUCUUCCGAUAGUUUAGAGUAGUCCUAGCAAUAACGAUGUCUUAAAACCCCAAAUAUUAAUCCUCUAAAAAUUAUAACAAAUACUAUAUACACUUAUUACCGAAUUCCAUCAAGACAUAUUGGAAAAUGACACAAACAUAUUUAAAACCUGGAACCUACAAUCAUUUUUGUUAGUAGUAUUACUAGAAUAAACCCUAAAAGCGGAUGUAGUUGAAAGUAAAGAAAAACAAAUAAAUUAUUAAAUAAGGUAAAAUAUUUUCAACAACCCAAUAAAGAAAACAUAUAUUUACACCAACAAAAAAUAAUUGAAUAAUAUCCUAAUCACGAACAUUUACGAAUAUACAUAUAUUUAAAUCUCAAACGGAAUAGAAUUAAAGAAGUCACUAUAUAUUUCAUAGAUAAGUAAAAACUUGAAAACUUGGAGCUAAAUUAGGAUAAAUGUAGCGAGAAUGACGGAAGUUGAAAAAACAGUUAAAAAGCGCAAUCGGUUCUGCCGAUAGAUGUAAAUAUGUUUUCAUUAACAUUAUGAUUAUAUGCAAUAAUGUCAUACGCCAUAAUUAUACCCUCCAACUUGAAAGGGAGGGUAUAUUAACUUUGUCAUUCCGUAUUUAACAUCCUUAAAUAUUCGUCGUAGACCCAUAAAGUAUAUAUAUUCAUAAUCAGCAUGAAAUUCAAAGUCGAUUUAAUGUUGUCCGUCUGUCUGCCUGUCCGCCUGUCUGUCUGUUGAAAUCACGAUACAGCCCACAUUAUUUGACGUAGAGCGCCAACAAUUUAGCAGAGCAAUUUGUAUUGUGUCUAGGAUGGUUGGUAUUGAAAAUGAGAUAUAUCGGUCCACGUUCUGGUAUAGUCCCCAUAUAACGGUACCUCCCGAUAUUCGGUAUUUUGAUGGUUUUCGCCACAUUUUUUCACGGAUUUGUCUGAAAAUUGGUAUUUGUAGGUCAUAACGGUAGAUCCCUGUGCGUGUGGCGAGUCAUUGUAAUUAUAGGUCCACGUUUUGGUAUAGCCCUCAUAUAACGGUACCUCCCGAUGUUCGGUAAUUUGGUGAAUUUUGCCUCAUUUUUUCACUGAUUUGUUUGAAAAUUGGUAUUUGUAGGUCAUAAUGGGUUCUAGCUCCUUUGGCAAAACGUUGCAUGUGUAGGUCCACGAUAUAACGGUACCUCCGAUAUUCGGCAUUUUAAUGGUUUUUGCAACAUUUCCUCUAAUGUUUCCUUUACCCUAAGGUGGAGGGUGUUAAAAGUUUGGCCCGGCCGAACUUGAUGUUUUUUUACUUCUUUUUUUUUUUUAAUUUUAUUGAAUGAAAGCAAAAAAUGUCGGAAAUAGCAUCAAAUUUUAGAAUAAGUUUAGAUUUGGUCGAAUUGGUCACCUUUGGCACGAAUUAUGGCCUUCAAAUGGCCAAUGAAACCGUCACACGCUGCCCGAAUGUUGCUCUGCAGUAUUUUUGCCCAUUCCAGGCGAAGCGCUUGCUUGAGGUGAUCGACACUUUUAUAUUUUUUAGUGCCAACCUUGCUUUCCAAAAUACUCCAGACACAAUAGUCCAAUGGAGAUUUUUGUGACCAUUCUGCGCUGGAAAUGAAGCUCAUUUUGUAACCAUUCUAGUGCUGAGUCCUGUUGGAAUGUCUAAGGUCUGCGACCAAAAUGUUUGCGAGCCCAAUGCUUUAAUAUACCCUCCAGAAUAUUUUCUCGAUAAUAUUCGGUAUUUAUUCCGAUGCCACGGGCGAUUAAUACGAGCGGAGAGCGACCAUCGGCUGUUAUGGCGGCCCACACCAUCGUCAUUGCCGGCGCUUGUGUUCUGGUGGCCAAGCGAAGCAACUAUUUAGAUUAUUUGAGUCUACUUUCUUUCUGUUGCGGUGUAAGUUCUUGCACUUUUCGGAAUUUCAAUGGCUUUACCCUGAGUUCGUUUUUCACUAUUUGCCGAAUGGAAAAUUGCGAUAUGUUCAGGUCAUAAGCUAUUUUUCGGCCACUGCGACGAGGGAUCCGAUCAAGUCGCUUCAUUACUUUUCGAACUAUUUCUGCUGAUGUUGCUGUUUUCUUCCGUACACUUCCUUGAAAUUGGGUUAAGCUACCAGUAUCAUGGUAACGAGCGAUGGUACGAUACACAACAGAUUUUUUCACGUUUGAUGGGGGAGAUACCAGAAAAAGUUCGCCGAUGUUCUCCAUCUCCGAACUCAAUUUAAGUUUGACAAUAAUAAAACGAUGUACCAAAUCGGACAUUCCCUUUGAGAGUUAUUGUGCGCACCAACCAGACAGACGGACGAACGGGCGGACACCCCUUUGAACGACUCUAAAUGUCCUGAAACGGUAUUGGUCCAAAGAGACCUAGGGUCUAAAUUCGUUAUUUCGUUUGCACGUUUUGGCCUUAUCAAAUGAUAUAUAUCCUCUGUUUGGCUGAGGUUAUAAAAAUGGGAAAAAGUGAAAUAGCUUCGUUUGGAACUCAAAACGUAGCGUAAAGUUUUAAGUUAAAAUUUUGAAUCGGAAGUUAAUGCUGAAGGGCAGGAGGUGCUGACAAGUGACAUAUUAAUAACUAAGUAUCAAAGGCCAAAACUUAUAUUACGAUUUACCAAGUUUGGACAAAAUCGGAUGCUCUCUUCGAGAGUUAUCGUGCUCACCAACCAGCCAGCCUUGCCCCACAACAGGUCAAUAUUUUCAAUAACCAUGAAGCUCACUAAAAAGGAAUUGAGUAUUUGAUUAUUUUCAAAUACGGCACAUCUUAAUAUGUCCAUAAACGAAGGAUAAGGCGUGAAGAUGGAUUAUAUCGGGCUACUCCUUUUCAUUCCGUACCCACAACGGGUCCAAAUUUUGAAUAGUUAUAAAACUCAAAAAAAGGCUACAAAAUUAUCCCAGUCUCUUAAAAUUUCACACAUCUAAAAUUUGAGCUAAGAAAAAAAUCCCACAUAGAGGGUCAACAGUUUGAACAAUCAUAACACAAGUCGAAAUAUAUUUUAAUAAACGAGUAUUAGCUGAGGUUAUACAUCUGUCGGCAAAAUCGACGUGUGCAUUUUAAUUUGUUAAUCUUGUAAUUCCUGCGUAAAAUUCAACCAAUUAUAAAGGUUGUUUUAAAUAUCAACAAAAGAACAAGUUAAAAAGCAGUAAGUUCGGCCGGGCCGAACUUCGAAUACCCUACACCAGUUGGAACGAAUUUAAAAAUUUUUAAAAAAAUUAAAUCCUUAAGAAAAUUCUCUUAAAAUUUUAAAAAUGCCGAAUAUAGCCGUUAUAUUGGGUGGACCUACAUAGUUAUAUCGCAGCUGUGCGAAGACCUGGAUCAGCAUAGACAAUUUUCUGUCACAGGCUAUAGCAUCCAUUACGAACUUCAAAUACGACAUCUCUAACAAUUUCGGUGGGUAUUGUACCUAAACUUGUCAAAAUACCGAAUAUAGAGAGGUACUGAUAUGUGAGGCCUAUACGGAGACCUGGGCCUCAAAUACAAAAUUUGAAACAAUUCCGGUGAAUAAUGUCGCUAAAAUCCUCAAAAUACCGAAUAUCGGGAGGUACCGUUAUAUGGGGGCUAUGUGAAAACAUGGACCUACAUGGCCCAUUUACGAACUUAACCUGCCUACUAGAAAAAUAAACACGUGUGCAAAAUUUUAGCCUUCUAUCUUAAUUCGUUCGAAAGAUAGCGUGAUCACAACAGACGGACAGACAGACAUACAGACAGACGGACACUGCUUAAUCGACUUAGAAUUUAACGCUGAUCAAAAAUAUAUAUACUUUGUUGGGUCUGACAUGAGUAUUUCGAGGAGUUACAAACGGAAUGACAAAGUUAAUAUACCCUCCAUAGUAUGGUGGAGGGUAUAAAAAGCAUCGUAUCUGGAAUAAACUUGCGAAUGAAAUAUAAAAUAUAUUGUGAUUUCUUAAAUUCCAAACCGUGAAAAUUUUGCUCAAAAAUAUAACAAAUAAAUCAAAUAACUAAUACAUGAACAAAGGCAGCUUUCAUAUCAAAAAUAAAAGAAUUUAUUUUUUCGAAUAAAAAAAUCAAGGAACCGAAAGCACACUAUAGCACUAUUAAAAUGUUUGAAUUUAAAAAGAUAUAACCGAACUUUACAAUAACAACUUAAUAAUCCUAUUGUAGUGGUAACUACUUCGAAUAAAACCAAAAAGGAAGACAAUUACAAAUCAUAAUCAAAAUUAGAAGAGCUCUGGCGUAUUGGCUCCAACUAACAUAGUCCUACAAAAAGACCUACAUAUUUAUCUGGAACAAUCUUUGAACUUUGAAAAAAUAUCACACGAUCUAUACCACAAAGAUAUCAAUGUUGUAUGAUUUACACGUAUUUUUUUACUACGACCAUCAACAACAACAAUUCUUUAUGAGACUGUUAUAUUUUCUUUACUUUAUCUAUAACUGUUAGAAAAUCUCUAAGAAAAGAAAAACCAAUGCCAACCUGAAAUAUAUGAAAACGUGGUAACAAUAAUUGAUUAAAAACAAAUAAUAUUUAAAACACACACACACACACACAUAUAUAAAUACAAUUAAAAGUAAAAAAAAAAAACAAAAAAUCAUUGUGUCCUUGUGUACCUUAUAUGGAACAAAAUAUAAAAACAAAAAAAAUAUAUAUGAAUGUAUUUGAAAAUACCAAUACAACCACAACAAUAACAGUGAGCGAGAGAGAGAGACAGCUAAGCCUUUUUACAGACCUUGAACAAAUAAAACCAGUUAUCGAUUGUUAAAUAUUGAAAUACCGAGACGAACUUAAGCAGAUUGUAUUUGAAUCCAGUUGACUUUCUGUCAGAUAUCUCCAUAUAUAUACAAAAGAAAAUUUCCCAUAUGUAUACACCACAUAACAUACUGAAUGUAUUUCCUAUUUACACUUAAAUAAUUUUAUUUAUUAUUUCCUUUUUCGAUUUAUAUAAAAAAAUAUUAAUUAAUUUGUAAUAUUUUUUUGGUUUAUAU